AUGAUAUUGAACCGGAUACCGGCUCUAAGGACCACGUCAACGAUUGUUAUCCGGAGGCGUGGAGUAUGCGUGAUAGAGAUUUGUCGCCAGGGCAAUUUUGGGAAGUCCCCCGAGAUGACCAUAGCUCAGUUCAAUACUGUGUCUGUAGUGUCACGUGUUGGCGUGGGAUCUCAAAGAAGAUAUCAGAUACGAAACGUGGCAACUAACCCAGCUCCCAACAAACGGCGGCAAAGACUGUGGAACAGAAACAAACGUAUCUCAACAGUGUCCUGUAAUAUAAACAUCAAAUGUCCAGAAUCAGUGUUUGGCCCAGGUCUCAUUGCAGCUGUGUCUGUGUCUGGAGUGUUCCUCAUAUUCCUUGUUGUGGCUGCUGUCAUCUUCUUUAAAUUGAGAAGAAUAAUUGGGAAGAAGAAAUCAGAAAUCAACGAGCAACCCGUGUCACCAAAUGUGAGUGACGUCACAUGGCCAGAGACAGCUGAGUCCAGUGCUGAGCAUCUUUACGAGAUUACUUCUUCACGGUCGCCUGAACACCUCUACGAUAUGCCAGAGACCCAAAUGAUGCUACCAGUGAUGGCACAUACAUAAACGCUAACUUCCCAACAGACGGCAAUUAGUUAACUCUUGAAACCUAUGACAAUUUGAAUAAGUAGCUCUUGAAAAGUUGAGAAUUUGAAUUAGUAACUCUUGAAAAGUAUCAGAAUUUGAAUUAGUAACUCUUGAAAACUAUGCGAAUUUGAAUUAAUUAAUUCUUGAAAACUAUGCCAAUUUGAAUUAGUAACUCGUGGAAAGUAUGAGAAUUUGAAUUAGUUAACUCUAGAAAGGUAUGAGAAUUUGAAUUAGCAACUCUUGAAAAGUAUGAGAAUUUGAAUUAGUAACUCUUGAAAAUAUGCCAAUUUGAAUUAGUAACUCUUGAAAAGUAUGAAAAGUUUAAUUAUUGACUCUUGAAGAGUAUGCCAGUUUGAAUUAGAAACUCUUGAAAAGCAUGAGAAUUUGAAUUAUUAACUCUUGAAAGGUAUGCCAGUUUGAAUUAGAAACUCUUGAAAAGCAUGAAAAUGUGAAUUAUUAACUCUUGAAAAUAUGCCAAUUUGAAUUAGUAACUCUUGAAAACUAUGAGAAUUUGAAUUAGUAACUCUUGAAAAUGAUGCCAGUUUGAAUUAGUAACUCUUGAAAAGUUUACGAAUUGGAAUUAUUUAACUCUUGAAAACUAUGCCAAUUUGCAUUAGUAACUCUUGAAAAGUAUGCCAAUUUGAAUUAGUGACUCUGGAAAAGUAUGCCAGUUUGAAUUAGUAACUCUUGAAAGGUAUGAUAAUUUGAAUUAGUAACUCUUGAAAACUAUGCCAAUUUGCAUUAGUAACUCUUGAAAAGUAUGAAAAGUUUAAUUAUUGACUCUUGAAGAGUAUGCCAGUUUGAAUUAGAAACUCUUGAAAAGCAUGAGAAUUUGAAUUAUUAACUCUUGAAAGGUAUGCCAAUUUGAAUUAGUAACUCUUGAAAACUAUGAGAAUUUGAAUUAGUAACUCUUGAAAAUGAUGCCAGUUUGAAUUAGUAACUCUUGAAAAGUUUACGAAUUGGAAUUAUUUAACUCUUGAAAACUAUGCCAAUUUGCAUUAGUAACUCUUGAAAAGUAUGCCAAUUUGAAUUAGUGACUCUGGAAAAGUAUGCCAGUUUGAAUUAGUAACUCUUGAAAGGUAUGAUAAUUUGAAUUAGUAACUCUUGAAAACUAUGCCAAUUUGCAUUAGUAACUCUUGAAAAGUAUGCCAAUUUGAAUUAGUGACUCUGGAAAAGUAUGCCAGUUUGAAUUAGUAACUCUUGAAAGGUAUGAGAAUUUGAAUUAGUAACUCUUGAAAAGUAUGCCAAUUUCAAUUAGAAACUCUUGAAAAGUAUGAGUAUUUGAAUUAGAAACUCUUGAAAGCUAUGAUAAUUCGAAUUAUUCAACUCUUGAAAAGUAUGCCAAUUUCAUUUAGAAAUUCUUGAAAAGCAUCGAAUUUGAAUUAUUAACUCUUGAAAAGUAUAUAUAUAUAUUGUUUUAUUAUUUUUUAACUUUUUAAACUUUUUAAAAAAAUUCAUAAUCAUACAGUUAAUACAAUAACUUUACAUAACAGAUCCAAUGUUUAUAAAUAAAUAUAUGAAUGUGAAAUGUAUACACAAAAUACUAAUAACAAUAUCAAUACUAGUCUUGUCCUUAAACAGUCCUAAAAGCAGUAUUCAAAAUAUAGAAAAAAAAGUCCACCCCCACAACAUAUGGACAUUAUACAUUAAAAAGAUCUAUACAGUCGGAUCUCGUUAUCUCGAUCUAUGUAAACUCAUUAUUCCAGGCUAGUUUCAUUUCAGUCCACAGUUACCUCAAAUCUUGGACCAUUUUGUUUGUUCCUUUCAACAUCAAGAUAACAAAGUUUGACUGCAUAUAUAUAAUUAAUCCUUGAAUAAAUUGUGACAUAUAGACCAGAAUUUUACAAACUUAUCAUAAUUGCAACAAGAGAAUGCCACGCUUAUUUGUUACAUUAUAAUAUAGACUCAGCUCCUUUUGUAUCCAUGUAAAAUCUGGGAUGAGACACUUUAAAUGACUUUUAAAUAUUAACUGUUUAGUUAUUAAUAUAAUAGCAUUAAUAGGAUCAUUGUUACUCGUCUUAAAUCCCAAAAUUAUAUUUUCUUUUGUAAAGUUCAUUAUUAUACCAGUUUGUUGUUGCAUCCAAAGCUUUAAUUGUCCCCAAAUAUGCCUAACGUCAUUACAUUCCCAAAAUAAGUGUUUUAGUGUUGAUAUUUCAUGUUUACAGAAGGAGCAAAGAGGUGAAUCAAUAUAUCCUAUGUUAUGUAAAAACGUAUUUGUAGGCAAUAUCCUAUGAAUAAUCUUGUAUUGAAACCAUCUUAAUGGGCGUCUUAGCUCAGAACAGGGGAGAUAAUAAAACAGGUGGCGCGUGACUCGUUAGGGUCCAACAAACUCGGACAAUAGCUGUAUUUUUUUCAUUUUUCAUUCUUUGUUAUACCACGAUCAUAACGGACCAAAACCUUAUCGGCUCUGUACAUGACGUUCCUAUACAGCACGGUUCUGCACAGGACGGUCUAUAGUAUACGCUGCAGUGAACGGUUACCAGUCGUUACCAGUUGACGUUUGUCUACACGUGUACUGAGAUAUGGGGAGGGGGGGGGGGGGGCAGUAAAAUCAGUAAUAAUAAAGAAAAUAUAUGUAUGUUGUGGAUAAUAGUAUUAAAAAAUAUAUAUAAUGAU